UUUGCCCCUAAUCCAUCUAUGUCCCCCUCUCAUGCCACCUGUGGCGUUCCCUCUCCCUCCCCUUCCUUCCCUCGCCCUAUAAAGCUGCCAUUGUUCCCGAACAAUACCCAUUCUCCGGUCUUCUCCCGCCUCUCUCUGUCCGUCCAGCCUGUGCCCACUCACGCGCAAACAUGUCUGAUGUAGAAGAGGAGUAUGAGGAGCAGCCUGAGGAGGAGCCAGUGCAGGAUGAGCAGGAGUACCAGGAGGAGCAGGAUUACCAGGAAGAACCGGUGCAUGAAGAUGGAGACCAACGAGACUACACAGACUACCAAGAUCAUGAUGCCCAGGAGGAAGAGGAGGAACGUCCUAGACCAAAGCCCUUAGUCCCUCAGCUUGCCCCACCCAAAAUCCCAGAGGGGGACAGAGUGGACUUCGAUGACAUCCACAGGAAGAGGAUGGAGAAGGACCUGCUGGAGCUGCAGACCCUGAUCGACGUCCAUUUUGAGCAGAGGAAGAAAGAGGAGGAGGAGCUCAUCGCAUUGAAGGAGAGGAUUGAGAGGCGUCGGUCAGAGAGGGCGGAGCAACAGCGGUUUCGAGCUGAGAAGGAGCGUGACAGACAGACGAGAAUCGCGGAGGAGCGCCAGAGGAAGGAGGACGAGGAGGCCAAGAAGAGAGCUGACGAUGAGGCCAAGAAGAAGAAAGUUCUCUCCAACAUGGGGGCCCACUUUGGGGGAUUCCUGGCCAAGGCGGAGCAGAGGAGGGGGAAGCGACAGACGGGUCGGGAGAUAAAGAGGAAAACUCUGGCAGAGAGACGCGAACCGCUGGGCAUCGACAACCUGAGAGAGGACGACCUCAGGCAACGAGCCCAGGAGAUGUGGAACUGGAUCUAUCAGCUGGAGUCCGAGAAAUUCGACUUCAUCGACCACAUGAAGAAGCAGAAAUAUGAGAUUAUUGUUCUCUUGAAUAGAAUCUCUCACGCCCAGAAAUUCAAAAAAGUCCACGGAAAAGGCAAAGUCGGGGGUCGCUGGAAGUGAAGCGCCCCCUAGAGGAAACGACAGAAACGCAAAACGGACGACUGAACGCGGAGACUGUUCUUAUGCUGCUCCAGGAAGCUAGCGGGAACAAGAUGAACAUCAGUACCUCUUUUCCAUCCACGCUUUUCCUGCUCUAAAUGCAUGCACUUGACCCUGAAGCGAUAGCACACGAUGUAUAAAUAAUAAAACUGCUUGCAUUUUACUCAGCA